AUGUAAAAUAUUCGAGGAUACCUCGAAAUUUCACCAUUGACCAAUCAGAAUCAGGUAUUCCACAGAUGUAACAUUUUAUUUCAUUGUAUAUAUUUUGUCAUGGCUUAGGUUUUUGCUUUUAAUGCUUGUUACUUUUAAUGUAAGCCUGUAGUUAUGCUGACAGGCACAGGCAUUACAGUAAAUACAAAGAGAAGCCCCAGGGACUUCACUGUGGUCACGUGACAUCCGUUCAUGAACGCGUGUAAAAGACGGAGGAGAAAAACUUUGAGCAGCAGAGAUGUCAGCACACACUGUAAAGAUGACAGCGACAGUACAAUUCAUCAGAAAACUGUUAGGAAAGAGCAGCUGCGCAACAAACAACCUGUUGAACACUGGACACAAAACACAGAAGGGCACGAGCGAUUUAAAAAUAUCUAAGAACAUAGAUGAACAAAACAAAGAAGAACACAAACAGAACGGAUUGCAUUCUCAAGACAAGACAGCAGAGCAUUGCAUACGGAAAAGCUUCAUUUUAAGAAGAGAAGAAAACGAAACUUUUGGGUUUGACAUCCAGACAAGCAGUGGUGAGACACCCGUAAGCACUGAUCAAGAUCUGAGCUCAUGUGUAUGCUGGGUGAAAGAGAACAGUCCUGCAAUGACUGCUGGAUUAACAACAGGUGAUGUCAUAAUCACAGUCAACGGCGUAUACGUUACAGGAUUCACACAUCAGCAGGUCAAGGAUAUUAUGCAAAAGUCCACCAUGUUGAAGAUGGACAUUAUCAGAGAUGCUACAGUAAAACAGAGGCAACUGCUUUGCAAACUGUAUCUCCUGCAGCGAGAGCUUACAGAGAAAUGCGAAGAGCUUCAGACGGUUAUCACACAGGAUGUGCGUCUAAGACGAGGUCUCAUGGAAAACAUUGAGAGGCCCUUUCACCUUCAGACAUGAUCUUCUGCUACCCACUGUUGACUGUAUGAAAAAAUUAAGGGAUAACUAGCACACCCAUCCUGGAGAAACCUAUGUGUGCCCACUAGCCAGAGAUAUUAUGCAAUUUUGCCAAACGAAUCACAAAAAUGUAUUUGCCGGGUGGUCUAUGCACAAAAAGACCCCUAUACGGAACAAACUAAAUGUGUGUUUUAAAUUGUAUUAUUUUAUUUAUUUAUAUUAUACUAGACUGUAUUAAAGCUUCUUGCGCAUGUACUGUA